UGAACUUCGUUUCCUCAUUCCAGUUUUCAGGACACCAUGACUGGAGAAGAAGAAAGCUUCAAUCACCUCCGUUCGUCGGAGCUCCGUUUGCUCCGAUGUUCUCUCCCCCCUCCGACGGACCUCAACGGCCACAUCUCUCCUCCAUUCGAACCUUCAAAGGCUCUCUCCGACCGACAUAGUCUCGCCCUCUCAGUUGAGAAUGUUAUGAAACUAAUCGAGUCCGGAAAUUACACGGGAGUCCUUUCCUCAGACGUCGCUCGAAAAAUAUUCUCCUCCAAAGAUACCGAAUUUGGCAUGGCAGACUCGUUUUACAACGAGUAUGUAUAUGAACGUGUUCAGGCAUUCUUAAUUGACGAGUCGCAGAAUGAGAUAGACAAGGGAUAUAGAGUAUUUCUGCUCAUGGCCGUUGCUGUUUCUUCCUUUCUUGCAUUCAUUCAGUGUAACAUAACUGGACCGUUUGAGAAGAUGUCUUCAUUUCCUCUAAGUGGUUUGGGUCUGAGAAAAGAGGAAAGUGGUGAUGCAGAUUGGGAAAGCUGGGCAAGGAAUCAGUUGAUGGAAGCGGGUUCGGACUUGCUUGGAAAAUUUGUUAAUCUUCAGUAUAUAAUUUUCGCGAAGAUCGUGCUCAUAAGGAUAAAGGAUAUCUUGUCAGAAGGGGAUGCUUCAGAAAUUGGAGGAAUUAGAAGUAUCUCAAUAUGGCUGCUUAGGCUUUUGUUUCUUCACCAAAGAAUAAUGGAUGAGAAGUCUUCUUCUUUGUUUGAUUUAUUGCAAGUCUACAUGCACGAAACUUUGCGCCAUUUUGGCACAACAGAUCAAGUAUCAAGUUAUUGGGGCACUGAGUUACAACAUGAAGAAGCUUCAACUAUAGUCUCUAUGUUUCAUCUGGAAGCGGGUAUAGUGGACUACACAUAUGGACGGGUUGAUUCUUCUAGAUCGUAUUUUGGAUCAGCGGAAGGGGUAGCAGGGCUUCGACUUUCUGUAACAGGUGCUUUAGGUUUGCGCACAGUCCAUCAGGUUGAUCCAAAGGCGCAACGUCUGCUCGUGGCAAACAUAGAUACAACAACUGAUGUUGCUGACAGGUCAUUACCAAGAAUGGAGUCUCAAGAGAGUGCAUGUAGCACUGAUACUGAAAACUUAGAUGGCUGUCAUCCUGAAAGGAAUGAAGCUUCAGAUGUGUUUAUGACUCCUAAAUUUGUCAAGGAUGAUAAAUGCUCUGGUGAUAUCACACAGAAUACUCAUUCUGGUGGUAAAAUGACUGCGAACUUGAAGCAAAUACAACAAGCAGUUGUUUUGGCACACUGCCUUUUGAUAGAGAAGAGCACUCCACAUGAUGACAUGCAAAGGUGGGAUAUGGCGCCAUAUAUUGAGGCAAUUGACUCACAGCAAACAUCUUGUUUCAUCAUCCGCUAUUAUUGUGACAUCUUACGCAUUCGCUGGGAGUCAACUCGUAGUCGCACAAAGGAGCGUGCCCUGCUAAUGAUGGACAAAUUGGUUGAAAAUAUGUACAAUGUUUCUCCCGGUGUUGCACAGAGAAUGCACUGUUUUUUUGGUGCUUAUACACCUACAAUUUCUGCCCUGCGGAAGGAAUACGGGGAGUUGUUGAUUAGAUGUGGCUUGAUUGGGGAAGCAGUUAAAGUUUUUGAGGAUCUCGAGCUGUGGGACAGUCUAAUAUACUGCUAUAGGCUACUAGAAAAGAAGGCUGCGUCCGUGGAGCUCAUUAAAUCACGGUUGUCUAAGUUGCCAAAUGAUCCAAGGUUAUGGUGUUCAUUGGGUGAUGUUACAAAUGAAGAUAGCUGCUAUGAGAAAGCUUUAGAAGUUUCUGGUAAUAGAUCUGCUAGAGCAAAGAGAUCUCUUGCUCGUAGUGCGUACAACAGGGGUGACUACUCGAAAUCUAAAUCCCUCUGGGCAUCUGCCAUGGCACUAAAUUCUUUGUACCCAGAUGGCUGGUUUGCUCUUGGGGCUGCUGCUUUGAAGGCCAGGGAUGUUGAGAAGGCUCUGGAUGCAUUUACAUCUGCUGUUCAGCUUGAUCCAGAAAAUGGGGAGGCCUGGAAUAAUAUUGCUUGUUUGCAUAUGAUAAAGAAAAAGAACAAAGAAGCUUUUAUUGCCUUCAAAGAAGCGCUGAAAUACAAGCGGAACAACUGGCAGUUAUGGGAGAAUUUUAGUUAUGUUUCUGCAGAUGUUGGCAAUACUAGACAGGCACUUGAAGCUGUAGAGAAAGUGGUGGACAUAACGAACAAUAAAAGAAUAGACACAGUUAUCUUAGAAAGGAUAAUGUCUGAGGUUGAAGGAUUGGUUUUAACUGACAAUUCUCAGUCUGACGAUGUCAAUCACAUUGGUCAUAUCUCUUCUGAUGCUAAUGAUUCUAGUGAGCCUUCUAAAUCUGAAACUGGGCUGGCAAUAACAAGAGAGACGGAUCACCUUGUGGACUUGAUAGGGAAAAUCUUACAGAAGAUUGUCCGGAGUGGGGGAGGAGCAGAUAUUUGGGGCCUAUAUGCAAGAUGGCACAAACUUAAAGGAGACCUCACCAUGUGUUCUGAGGCCUUACUAAAGCAAAUCAGAUCAUAUCAGGGUUCUGACUUGUGGAAAGAUGGAGAACGAUUUAAGAAAUUUGCACAUGCUUCAUUGAAUCUAUGCCAAGUGUACGUUGAACUUUCAUCCCGUGAUGGUAGCCGGAAGGAAUUAUUCUCAGCUGAGAUGCACCUAAAGAACACCAUUAAGCAGGCUGGGAGCUUUUCAGAAACUGAAGAAUAUGAGAAUCUUCUGGCUUGUCUAAAUAUGGUUCAGAUGAAGCUGGCAACUUAGAAGAUCUCAUUUCCGAUAGCAAUUAUAAAAUUAUGUUUUGCAGGUAAUUUUGGUUGGUUAUACCCCUGUAAUUCUUGUUUAUUUAUUUGCAAAAGAUGAUAAUAUUGUUGCAGACAACCUUGUUGAUUAACCUGUAUAUACAUGAUUUAUUCCAUUUAAAUUAUGACAAGCUCCUUCAUAAUUUCAUUC